CACGUACUCUCUGUAUUUUAGUACGGGUUUUCUUCAUAACUAAGAACAAAAAUUAUUAAAGAAUAUAACAUAUAGAGUACACGAUUGAAUUAAAUUUUGUAAGUUAAAGGUCUAAUCCGCGUAACAUUAAAUUAAUACUAAAUCCCCCAUUUUACUUUACCAAAAGUCGCCGAAACCAAACAAUUCAUGGAAAGCCCAUCUUUGCUAGAGGUUUUUCAAGUUCAAGAAAUUGAUGGAUUAGUCUUACCGUCUAUAAAGUAUAUUUUUGCAUAUUUCACACAUAGAUAUCCUAGACAAUUGUUAGGUGCCUAUAACUCGCUGGACGAUUUUUAUUUUUUCUUAAAAGUUAUUAUUGAAUACAGAAGUCUCAAAAAUUGGAAUUGUACAUCCGUUGAAAGGAGGUUCCAAUUAAAGCGUGUCAAAUAUAUAAAAAAUAAAGAAUGUCUAGUUGAUCUAUUUCCUGAAGAAGUUAAUUCAGCCAUAAGGUUGAGACAAACGGAUAUUUUAGCAAAAUUGUUUUUUACCUAUUGUUUGCCGUUUUUAAUCUCUAAAGUCAAAACAUGGUCGAAUAAUACAAGAAUUUCAGAAUUUCGAGUCAAUGCUCCUACAGAACAUAGCACCACACAGACUGAAAGCCAUGGACAACAUUCUAGUUUUUUUCGCACUUUUCGCUUGAAGAUUCUAUCAAAGCUUAAGAAACUAUUGACUAUAUUGAAGUUCACAUUUCAAUUGGGAUCUAAUUUUUGCAAGAAAAUUCAAUGGGUUUACUAUCUUCUGUUUGCUUUGGGCAUACUUCCAUUCUCAAAUCCCAUAGAUCAUCUACUCAAGCAACGUCUUGUUUACGAUACUAGCAUUCCCAAUCUUACUUCCGAAAAGGCGCAUAAUCCGUAUACGCUUCCUUCACUGUUAGACAACUCCAUGAAUAUAUUUUUAUCACUAGUCCAGGUUUUAGACUGGUGGCAGACAAAUGAUUAUGCAACUCAAGUUAAGAAAGGAAGAGUUGCAUUUACUGAGCUUGAGCCACCAGAAAUUUCAGUCAAGGAUACGACACUUACAAAAAACACUUGUAGAAUCUGUGGCCAUUAUAUUAAAAAUCCGGCCGUUCUAACUACCGGCUUUGUGUUUUGUUAUCCAUGCAUUCAAAGCUGGUUAAAAGAUAAUCCUUACAUAUGCCCGGUGACAAAGCUGAAUUUAAUUAGAAAAGAAAAAUCUUUUUGGAGAAUAAUGGUGUGAUUGUCUACCCAAGCUCAUCAGUUAAUUAACUUACAAACACUCAAUGUAUUUGAAGCUAUUAAUUCUUCGCGAUUUCACUCCAAAUAUUUUUAGCAUUCUUCGUUAAUGUGUCACUCAAUAUAGUUAGCUGGUUUUGCUUUAUAUAUAUUUCGUGAAUCAUGUCGAGUUUUCCUUGAAUUCUUCCGUCCAUGAUAAGUCCAAUAAGCGACUGUUCAACAAUGUCAGUAGUGACACCUAAUUUUUCAGCCAGCAGACUCAGUUGCACGGUCGUGUAAGGCUGUAUCAUUUCCAGAAGAACCUGACUUCUGAUGCUGUAAAGGAUUUUAUCAACGUACUGACGAAUAAAAUCGUCUUCCAUAAUAUCCUGCCGGUGUUCAUGGAGCAAAUUUUCCACCUCUUUAAUAUCGCGUUUUUGAUAUGCCUCCACUAAUUUAGUCAUAGCAAUGACAUGCGGGUUCUCUUUGUACGGUUGUGUCUCUGGAGAAUCGAAGGGAUUAAUUUCCGAUUCGCAAAGCAUAUUUGAUAAAACAAGAUAUUUUAACACUCGUUCACGGGCCGUAGAACCAGCUUCAUCGUAACACUUGAAAGAUUCGAAAAAGUUUGUCUGCGCUUCAGACCAUUGUCCUUCCUGCAUAUGCAUUUUACCACCGCAUUCGCGAAUAAUACCCAUAAUUUUAGGAUGGGGAAUGGCAGUUUUGAUUCUAAGGGAGCUUUGAUAUAUUUCCUUUAAUCGUUUAUUGUCCUCGAGGCUAGAGUACAUCUGAAUUUCCAAUGAAUAAAGCUCCAACAAAUGUGUUUCUCUGUUUUGAUCCGUAACGGAAGUAUUUUCAUUCGAAAGAAGAAGAUGCAUCUGCCGUAAAAGAGACUUAAAUUUGACAUAAUUCUUUUGCGAAAGGAAGAAUCGAGCUACGUGCAUCAAUGUUUUCAUCGUUAACCGUUCAUUAUUAAGCUUUUGAAGUGCUUGAGUUGUGAUUUCGUAAAAAGUUUCCAAGAAUUGAGCAUUGCUAGAAGACGAUGUAUAAUCCACAAUGUUAAAUAUAGACUUUUCUGCGUAGUUUCUGGUAAUACUGGGCCAUUCUGCAUAUUCAAGUAAUUGCUGAUAAUACUUCAACAUCUAAAAUAAUAACAUAUUAGUACAGGAAG